GCUGAGUGGUGAGGAGGCAGAGCGCUAAACAUUCACUUCCCAGGAUGCUUCGGGAUGAGGAACUGGAAUUUGACGUUGUUCAAUCAUGGUGGGGAGGGGAAGAGAAGAAAGUGCCAGUAAACACAAUUAUACAAGCAUUUGGCGUCUAUUUGAAACAGGCAACCUACGCACUUGGACCGGUGUAUAGGGCCAAGCAGCUUUGUCGGGAUCAUGGGCGAGAAUGGCCCUCAAACUGAGACAGACAUGUUCUUUGAAGAGGACGAGGACGAUGUCGACAAACUGGGCAGAGAGGACUAUGAUGAGUGCAAAAUGGCUGAUUCCGACAAAGAGGACAUGCUGAUUGCCAAGCCUUCAUCAUCUUCGGCAAGGGUGUACGAUCGCACCACUGUACUUAUCGAACAGGACCCUAUACAUCUGGAUGAGGAAGGGGAAGAGGAUGGCCACUGUGGCCAAGACGACGAUAGUGUGGCGUUUUUGGCCAAUGGUGAUGGAGAUGAGGAGGGGACGCUGGCCUUCAUGGCUGACCCAGACAGCAUGGCGCAGGGCUAUGUCCACCACACCAUCUCAGCCGAUCAGAUCCAGUUCAUUAUCAAUCCUGGGUCCACUCCCAUGCCCCGCAACAUUGAAGGAGCCACUCUGACGCUGCACUCUGAGUGCCCAGAGACCAAGCAGAGAGAGGUAAAGAGGUACCAGUGCACUUUUGAGGGCUGUACACGCACCUACAGCACAGCGGGAAACCUGCGCACACAUCAGAAAACACACCGUGGUGAAUACACCUUUGUUUGUAACCAGCAGGGCUGUGGUAAAGCCUUCCUGACCUCCUACAGCCUAAAGAUCCAUGUUCGAGUGCAUACUAAAGAAAAACCUUUUGAGUGUGAUGUACAAGGUUGUGAAAAAGCCUUCAACACGCUAUACAGGCUGAAAGCACACCAGCGGCUUCACACAGGAAAAACAUUUAACUGUGAAUCAGAAGGAUGCACGAAGUACUUUACCACUCUCAGUGACCUGAGAAAGCACAUUCGUACUCACACAGGAGAGAAGCCGUUUCGGUGUGACCAUGAUGGAUGUGGUAAAGCUUUUGCUGCUAGUCACCACCUGAAAACACAUGUGCGGACACACACUGGAGAGAAGCCUUUUUUCUGCCCUAGUGAUGGCUGUGAGAAGACGUUUAGUUCACAGUACAGUCUGAAGAGUCACAUUCGGGGCCAUGAUAAAGGCCCUACAUACCCAAUUAGCCUCAGCCAUCCUCUGUCAGAGGAUGGAAAUCAUUCUCUGUGCCUCAGUGAUUUGAGCCUCCUUUCCACAGAGUCUGAGUUUCGAGAAAGUUUCAACAAUUCUCAGAACUUGGAUCUGAAUAAUAUCACUCCUGUGAAGAUAUUCGAGUUGAUGUUACAGAGCCCUGAAAACAAUGCUAGUCAAGAUGACCCUCAUUCAUCAGACAACCUAGUGGAGGCUUUUGGUUUAGAGACUCCACCACCGGCUGCAGUGGCUGAUUCAUCCACUCUCCUACCCUUCUCUCAGAUGCCUUCAUCCUCCUCUUCUUCUAGCUCUCUUACCACUCCUGUUCCAGAGAACUCCACACAGCCUGGGUCCACCUCUUGUCAGGCAUCAUCCACCAACAGCUCCACACAUACAUCUCCACAGUCUACCACUUUCCCCUCUUUCCUCCAUACCUCACUACAAACACCAGAAGUGCCCACUCAAGCUGCGCCUGCUGCCAACCAACACUACAGCCCAGCGGUGCCCACGGCACCUUCCAGCUCCUUACCAGUCUCUGUCUCGACAGUGGCCAGCGUCUCAAGUCCUACAUCAGCCAUCAGCACAGGAGCAGCUGCAGUAGUAACGCACACAGUGCCUUUAGCAGGCAGUGCCAGUCUGGCGCCCACACCCACCAUCACCAUCGCACCCACGCAAAGCCUCCUGCAGCCCAGCCUUGUCAUGUCUGACCAGAAUCUGCAGUGGAUUCUCAGCAGUGCUGCCAAUGCACAGCACAAUCCUGAACAGCAGGGUCCAAAAGUGGAAAAGGUCUUCUUCACAACAGCCAUACCUGUAGGAGGACAUUCAGGGAACCCUGUGCAGCAGAUUGGCCUUAGUCUCCCCGUCAUCAUCAUUAAGCAGGAGGAGGCAUGCCAGUGUCAAUGUGCCUGCAGAGAUUCAGCUAAAGAAAGGAGCUCCAGUCAGAACACUUCCUCCUCACAGCAGGAGCCUAAAGACAUUUCUCCACCACCUCCAACACCUUCAGCUACACAUGCUGUUCCAGAGUGCUGUUCCACCAAGGUGAGCGCUCCGCUUUCAUCUGGCUCCACUCAGACUUUCCACAGUGAGGCGCUGGUAUCCAGCGCUCCCUCAGACAGCCUGGCCAGUGUGGAUGUAGUGGACCUGCUUAGCCCUGAAACCACCGCCAACAUCGAGGCACUGCUGAUGGUCACUGAUGAGUUCUCCAUGGGUGAGGGCAACAGCAACACCACCAGCUAGGGGAAGUUGAGGGUCAAACCCCCUCAGCCUUUUCUUUGCGUUUAUUUCUUUCAAUGGGCACCAUUAUUUCUAACAGUAUGCAGUUUCAGUCUGAUCCAUAUGGGUAUCUUGUGUAAACUGGGGUCAUGUGUGUCAGACUUCUCAGUGUAAGAAGGAUGAUCUAUGAUCAGCUUUGUUCUUUCCUGUUCUAUAAAACAUGAUCUUCCGGACAUGGGCUGCUUAAUACGUGAAACUUUAGCUAGUAUUUUACUCACAAUGCACUCUGAUUAUUUCAGAUCUGUGCUAUUUGUGCACUUUCAGAUUAUGGAAAUGUCCCCACUGAAAAUAGAGUUUUGUAAGUAACCAUUUCUUUGAAGUUGUUUUACCGUUUGCACUGUAUAAUAAGAGUCCUUCCAGACAUCCUCAUGAUGUGCUAUGGUCUGUUCAGACUGCUGUAACAGUCUCUGUAACAUACCAGGGAAAGAGUAUAAGGACAAAAACAAAACCAUUUGGACAUGUGGCUGGGGUUAAAAAAAAUGCAAAGAAUCAUAAUUACUAUCUACUAACUUUUUUAAUUUUACAAAACACAAGCAAUAUUAUAAAUCUUAAUUAUUCAGAUGGUAACAUUUUGUUAGUAUGAAUCGUGUUACUUAGUUUAGUUUUGAGUAGAAUAGGAAAUUUUUUAUAAGGUACAGAUAUACAGGCCAGUCACAAGAACUCAAUGCACUGAGAAACUAUUCACCAAGACAAAUUAGACUUGUUGACCAGUCACACUGAAAUUAACAAAAUAAAAUGUUCACAUGUGAUUCACCAGAAUGUACUGCAGGUAAUCGUAAUUGGCAUAUGGAGAGUAAAGCCCUUUCAGACUGCGGUCAUUCAAAUCCAGAACAUAACAUGUGAUAUGAAAAGUAUUUUAUGUGUAAUUUAUUUAGAAUGACUACAGUAGCCCAUGAAAUGUGAUUCUAAUGUAAUCUUGAAGCAGAUUCUGUCAACAGAAAUAACUUGCUUUUAAGUGUAAAUGAUAGCUAUUUGUGGUUGGCUGGCUGUAACAUUUAUUUAAUUUUUAGAUGUUAAUUUAUUAAAAUAAUUUCUAUCAUUAGAUCAAUGCAGUACAUAUUUUCGAUAAAAUAGCCUACUCUAACUUGGUGGACCAAGUUAUUUUCUUCAUAUGUUAUUUUUUGGUGGAGUCAACCACCAAAGGUAAAGAAAGAAAUUUUUCUCUUCUUGCCUUUGGUUUGCAGGUCAGGCAGGGUAAUGCAGCUGGAGUUGCCCAACCUUGUUGCUGCUUUGUUGUUACUGAAUUGAUUUCAGCCUCUGACCUUUCUUCCUUUAUUUAGACCCAUGUAAGUCUCACUGUUGUGGCCUGCUCAGGGAUAUAAAAAAAAAAAAAAAAUCAAAGCAGAGGUAUACAGUCUGUCCCUGAAAAUACAUAAAAAUGGCAGCAGAACUGUAAGUGCUCGAGCUGUUGUGUACUACAUGCUUGUUGCACUUUAUCAAGCCAAGGUUUAGAUAAUCAAGAGAACGUCUAGUUAACUUCCCUGCACCAGUAAGCCAGUUUAUACACCACUGCUGUAGAGGUUUUAAUGAGUUUAUUAUAAUGUAAAUGUUGUGUAUUUGAAAUUACAAAAUGUUUAAGCCCUUAGAUUGUAUUUGUAUUUUUGUAUAGAACUAUGUGGGGUAAUCACACUUUGGGUUUGACGUGGAGGACAUGACACUGCACUGCCCAUUUCCUUUGCAACCCACCCGUCACCACUUCACAAUGCAGUAGAUUUUGGAAUGUAUUUUUUUUUCUUUCUUCUGGGGCAGGGGAACCUGGGUUAGUACAGGAAAUACACAAACAUGUGCACUGUGGCAUGGAAUGGCUACUGUAUUUCUAUUACCCACAUUCAGGAAACUGCCUUACAGUUUUGAUACGGAGUAGCUUUUGGGCUGCUAAAUCAUCUUUUUAAAAAAAAAUAAAAAAAUUUAAGGACUUGCUUUGCCACAAAUUGACAAAAUACUUCUCAUUACAUGACAUUAAGAAUGAGAAAUUUGGCUAGAUGUCACUUAAAUUUGAUUUAUAAGGAGAUUUUUUCAGCUACUUAUUAGUCACAGUCAAACACAGACCGUUUGACUUUUCAUUACGUUUUUUGAAGAGCCUAGAGCUAUUGAUGCAAAUUCAGAUCUUUGCAUGUUGAUGUGACCGUUUAUCCUAUAACAGACUUUAGGGUUCACAUUAUAUUUGGAAGAAUGAAAACAUUUGAUUGUACAGUUUUAAAUGGUGUGUGUAUUGAAAAGGCUGCUCUUACUAAUCAAAUGGGGUCCAAUAACACAGGAACUGUUGAAAUCAUCAAGGAUUUUGUGUUGUACUCAUAAAUACUUUUGUUUCCCUUACUGUUUUGUAAACUUAGUCGAGGCAGAAUGAGUACUAAUUUUGGCCAAACCAUUGUAGAAUUAUCUAUGCAAAAAAAAAAUAAAUGUUCGUGUAUUUUAUGAACCCAGAUCCCUCAACCGAGCUUCAGCUACCUUUGUAAAUACUGAGUGAAAGAACACCUUGCUUCAGUAUUUAGUUGUUAUGCAAGUUACCACUAGCGCAAAUCAACUCUGUCAAAUUGCAAUUAAUAUGUAAAUAUACUACACGAGCCUUGCUACUGGGAGCUGUAAUAUCUGGUCUCUAAUGGAGGCCUACGGUAGUCAACAGCUAUAUUUAGUUUUUUUUUUUUUGUUAUUUAAAUAUGAUUGACUUGUGUAUGGGCAUUGUAAUCUUUUAAUAGUUGUCCUUCCACUGAAAGUUUGGUGUGCCCCAACAUUAAUGCACAUUAUCCAAAGGGGGAAAAAUGUCCACUUUUAUGUAGUAAUGCAAUUCUGUUGUAAGAAUUGUAAUUGUCCAGUUUUGUUUUUUUCUCCCUUUUAAUUUUGGUUAAAGUUUGAACUUUUUUUUCCUCCAUGCUGGAAUUAACUGAGUCAACAAAUCACUAAACUAUGAUAUAAUUGUGAAAUCAGUUAUUUCACAUUAUGAACAGGUCAGUUACAAUAAAAGGCCAAGUUCAUCUUUCAUUUCUCUGUCAUUUAAUUCAUGCUUCCCAAAUCUCAAUUUGUUCAGAUUGUGAACUUUAUACACAAUGUGUUCAAGGAUAAAGCAGAACAUUGUAGCAUGCAGUGGGUUGUAAAAUAAAUAAAUAAAUAAAAAAAAAACCAUCAGAACAACAUUGCAAUGGUGGCGAGAUGGGGAGACAAAAAUGCUUCCAACAGACUGCUUUUGAUACCCAAAGUGUGAGGACAAAUUAUAUAGGAUCUGUAUUUUUAAGGAAUGUAUAAUGUGAAAAUGCUCUCAUAUGCUUGUUUUGUAUAAAGUAUUAU